AUGGAUCCCGGAUUAAUCGCUUUGAUAAUGGGAACUAUUCCAGAGAGCGGUGCUAACUACCAGACCAAUAACUUCUGUGCGGUUGAGCACGGGGGAACCCAUAUCGACGCCCCUCUACACUUUUAUCGCGGCGCCUGGGCAGUCCAUGAUAUUCCUGUUGAUAGAAUGAUCGGUGAUGCCGUCGUUGUAGACGUUACCGCAAAGGUCUUUGGACAUGUCGAUUACCAAGCGACGGAACUUGAUCUACGUGUGUGGGAGGAGAAACAUGGUAGGAUACCGGUCGGAAGUAUUCUAUUCUUGUUCACGGGAUGGGGACGGUACUGGCCUGACAGGAAGAAAUUUCUCGGCACGGAGUCAAGACAUACAACACUAUUCGAGAAGAAUAUUGUAGGGAUAGAUAACGUAGCGAAUCUAGACCAACUUCCUCCAACAGGAGCGAUGGUAAUCGGUCUCCCCAUGAAGAUUCGCGGGGGUUCUGGCGCCCCGCUCCGUAUCAUUGGUCUGUUUAAUUCCCUGCAAAAUUAUGCUGGUAUUAUUCGUGGCUAA